GCGUGCUUACCUUUGUCGAGCAUGUCCAUGUACUAUUAGUAUACGCGAGAUCGAGUAGCUUGCCGGACGUUUUUCAUCGGCGAUCGUCGAUUACUAGUAGCAAGGUUUCGAUCAGCCUGCAAGCAAGUUUUCUCCGCGAAGUCCUUGCGCUUCAUUGCACUCUUGUCUCCGUUUCUUGUUCCUAACGAUUCUCAGGAUCGUUUCGCGAGAAUCGACGGCUCUGAGAUCCUAAGGAUAGUGGCAAUUAAAACUGGAUCGACGAGAAUGAAGAUCGCCACUACAUUAUUUCUCUUCGUAGUCGUCGGAUGUACGUGGCGGGAGGCGCUAGGCACGUGUGUGUUUCAAUCUGACUUUGGAUUUGUUCUUAACUGUGCUUUCAAAAAGUCCGGUCUCUUCCGUGUCAGAAAUCUCGGAGGUGUAAAGGGUUACGUCGGCUUGGGAUUUUCCAUUGGAGACGAGCUAGGCUUUGGCCAAUCGCUCUCCAAUUUGGAAAAUGCAAAACGAAGAAGCGUGCAAUCGAACAGAGUUAAUGGACUCGCACUUAGUCCUUUGAAUACGGCAAACAAUCGCGACGAGACACGUGCAGGAUCGGUAAAUACCCGCCAAGUAGUACCGCCCUUCAAGCCGUUGCCUAUCGGAUCGGUCCGACCGAUGGCCCAGCAACCUGAACGUCAGAAGCUGAUAGUGAACGCAACGGCUCUUAAAGCGGCACCAGUGCUGUCGGCGAUGCAGCAGGAAGCGCUGCGCCAGCAUCAUCAACGAAUUCAUCAAGAAUCUAAGAUAAAGCAGCAACAGAGAAUACAACAGGAGGCGUUGGCGGUACAGAUGUUGAAACAACAACGUCUGCAGCAGCAGGAAGCUAUGAGACAGCAACAAAUGCAGCAACAAAAGCUGCAGCAACAGCAGAAGCAACAGCAGCAGCAAAUGCUCGUACAACGGCAGCAGAUUAUGGCGAUAGAAAACAAGAAGGACCAAAUGGUUAUGCCACAAAUAAUGGCGGUAGCAGGAGCCCUGCCGAAACUACCUAUCAUUGCCGCAAUUCCGCCAGGUAUGAUCGAGGCUGAGGCCCUUCCAUCGUUGUCAUCAUCAAAGGCAACGGCUAAUUUAAUGUCAAACGUUGGCUUGCCACCUUUCAUCGCGAUGCCGCAAUCGUCAGCAAAACUCACGAACAGAAUCAGUGGUGGUGGCACCCUGCUACAGGACUCGGAUAACGAAGUAUCAAAAGAUGAUUUUACACAGCUACCUUUGCCGAGCGACGAAAUGGCUGCUUCAGUGAACGAAAUGACAUUGCUCUCGCUGCAGCCCAUUUCUGCAACAGAUGCCAGCCAAUCGCCUCUUCAACAAAACGAAAAACGACAGUCUUUACCACUGCCCAACGAUUUACCUUCUUUGGCCCCCAUCCAGGGGAUGGAAACCUCCUUGAAGACUCUCGCAGAAGCAAGUAACAUUACUCUAGAAGCUUUGGAAGCAGCAAUUCUUUUGAGACAGCAACAGCUUCUUAAAAAACAACAGGGACCCACAAGUACCAGUACCACCACAACAUCCACACUAUCGCCUGUUAAAACUAAAUACAAUUCCGGAGUUACUAAAGUGAUGAAUGCGCCGCGGGAAUACUAUCCCGUUGGAUACGACAAGAACUUCGACGAUAAUUUUGCAAGUCGCGUCGAUCUGCCGGAUACGAGUUUCUACUGUGGCGAUCAAAAGCAUUUUCCGGGUCUCUAUGCCGACGAAGAUUUGGGAUGUAUGGUGUUCCAUGUCUGCGCACUGACAGACGAUGGCUUGAUCAUGAAGAGCUUCCUCUGUCCGGAAUCGACGUUGUUCGAUCAAACGAUUCUGAAGUGCAACUGGUGGUUCUACGUAGACUGUAAAUCUUCAAAGAACUUGUACGACAGUAAUAUACCCAUCAGCAAGAGUUACCAGCUGAUGAAGGCUUUGGCGUUCUUCUCAGCGUACAAGAAUCACGAUAACAGUACAAAUAGCACAGAAGAAAGCGAAGACAAUUCUUGAAGCAGAUCAAUCAAAGAUUUAUAGAAUUAAUCAAAGGUUCAUAAGCUCAAUAUUUAAUAUCUGGAAACCGUCUUGUUUCCAUGAUAAAACUUCUAGUUUAAAAAAUGUUUUUUAUCUGUAUAUAUAAUUUAUUUUCUCAAUAGAGAAUAUAGUAAGUAGGUUUAUACUUCAGAGGCAAUGUAAAUAGUAACGCGUUCCUCGCUCAUUGUUGAAUAAUAAUAUAUAUGUUUUUUUUGCGUAAAA